AUGGUGGACGCUAUGGAUAUUUUCAUCGCCCUAGAGCAAGACGAUUAUGAAAGUAUUAAUACCAUACUUUUGAGCCAGGAAGAAGAAGUUUCAAUUUUAUCGGUGACGGCGUCUUUCAUGCGAAGAAACUUGAAUCGGGUGGCUGACUUCUAUGAACAUACAAUCCCAACCUAUCUGUCUAGUGAAUUUCAGAGUCAUUUUCGUAUGACUCGAACUACGUUUGAGCUGCUGUUGCCAGAAAUUGUUCAAACAAGAAUGAUUCCACUUAAUAAUCGAAGAGGACGACCUGUGAUCCCUCCAGAGAGGCAAGUCUUGAUAUUUCUGUGGACAAUGGCAAAUAAAGAGCCGAAUCGAGCUAUUGCUGAUAGAUUUGAUGUUACUAUUAGUAGUGUGCACCGAACCUAUCGCCAUGUUGCAGAAGCCGUAACCUCAUUGUAUCCUAGAUACAUUAAAUGGCCGAAUGCUAAUGAAGCCCGUGAAAUCUCUGCCGCAUUUGAGGAUGAAGGGGGAUUCCCCAAUGUUACUGGGAUGAUCGAUGGCACUCAUGUCUGCAUUCGUACUCCGGAAUAUGAACCAGAUGUAUAUAUAAACAGAAAGAAAUUUCACCCCAUUAAUGUGCAAGUAAUAUGUGAUAACAACCUAGUAUUCCUGGAUGUGCUUGCUGGUUGGCCAGGGUCUGUACAUGACUCCAGAGUUUUGAGGAACUCUGGUGUUUAUAAUAAUGCUGCCAACAGAUUCCCAGGGGAUUCAUAUUUGUUAGGAGAUGGAGGCUAUCCAUUACUAAGGUGA